UGAUGUGCGACUUGCUCCAAAGAGACGAGAAACUCCGAAGGAGCGGGAGUCAGUCGGCAGCCUGGAUCCCUUCCCAGUGCUCGGGAUGUCUGGAGACUUGGGGACAGUGACCCGGACCCUGUUCCUGCUGCUCCUCGCCCCUGGCUGGGGAGAAGCACAGGCCUGCACCUUCCCGUGCCAGUGUCCCUCCCAGCCUCUGCAGUGCCCUGCUGGCACCAGCCACGUGUUGGAUGCCUGUGGCUGCUGCAAGGUGUGUGCCAGGCAGCUGGGAGAGCUCUGCUCCCUGCACAGGCCCUGUGACCACCACAAGGGACUCUACUGCGACUUCUCCAAAAUCCACAGAGGCAGCGGGAUCUGCUUAGCUCAUGAGGGUGCGACGUGUGACCUGCUGGGCAAGAUCUACCUGAACGGGGAGAGCUUCCAGCCCACGUGCAAACUGCAGUGCAUCUGCCUGGACGGCGCCGUCGGCUGCAUCCCGCUCUGCUCCGACGACCUGCGCCUGCCAUCCCCCGACUGCCCCCACCCCCGCAGGGUCAGGGUCCACAACAAGUGCUGUGAGGAGUGGGUGUGCGAGGAGGGCAGCGACAACGACCUGGGCACGGCCAUGGCGGUGUUCAGGGAGGACCCAGCCCAGAAGCCUGAGCUGAACAACCUGCAGGAGAACUGCCUGGUGCAGACCACGGCGUGGAGUGCGUGCUCCCGGAGCUGCGGGAUGGGCAUCUCCGCCCGCGUCACCAACGACAACCCCCAGUGCCGCCUGGAGAAGGAGACCCGGCUCUGCAUGGUCCGGCCCUGCGACUUCCCCAUGGAGAAAACCAAGAAAGGGAAGAAGUGCGUGAGGACCCCAAGGCCACGCCAGAGCCUCCACUUUGAGUUCUCGGGGUGCACCAGCACCCGCUCGUACCGGCCGCGGUUCUGCGGGAGCUGCUCGGACGGGCGGUGCUGCACCCCCGACCUGACCAGCACCGCCGACGUGGAGUUCCGCUGCCCCGAGGGGGACUCCUUCCACAGGAAGAUGAUGUUCAUCAAGGUGUGCUCCUGCCACUACGACUGCCCCCGGGACAACGACAUCUUCCUGGCCACCUACCACAGGCGGAUGAUCGGGGACCACGUCAGGAGCGAGCGGCAAUAGCCCUCCCCGGGCCGGAUCCGAGGCGUCGGGAGGGAUCUGAGGGGCUUUGGUGACUGUGUCGCAGGACAAUGCAGCCUCUGCCCCUCUGUGAGGGGCUGUGCUCUCCAGAGCAGCACUGUUCACACCAGUGGUCCCAGUGAGCUGAGGUCUGGGGGGGAACAGCCCCAGCUGCUCCAGCCCUCUGACCCCCACCCGCGGUGCCGCAGAGGGCAGCGAAGGAACCAGACACAGGCUCGAGCUGCAAACUUGAUCCCUGUUCCCACUGGCCAGAGGGGAGAGUGGAUCAAAGCCACGUGGCUCCAGCCUGUCUCCAGCCCAGAGCACAGUGGGCACAGUUCCUGAUUCAGACCCCAGGAGCUCCUCCAGCAUGAACUGGGGGUGGGCCAGGCUGCCAGACCAAAACCUGUCCCCUGUGGGUGCUGCUCUGGGCAGCUUUUAGUGCCUUGAUGAGCAUUUCACAGAACCAUAGAAUGGUUUGGGUUGGGAGGGACCUUAAAGCCCAUCUUGUUCUA